GGGGCCGCGGCCGAGGGUGUCUCUGGGCUCCUCUCCUGUGGUUCAGUUCGAGCGCACGCCAGACGGAGGAAGAAGAUAGCACACAGUGAUCGCAAGCUUUCAGUAAGGCGACUGGCUCGACUUCUGUGCCCCUCUCCGCGGAGCAGUGAUCGCUGAGAAAAGAGCUCCUCACAUAGUUGCCCAAGAUGCCGAAUAUCAAAAUCUUCAGCGGCAGCUCCCACCAGGAUUUAUCCCAGAAGAUUGCUGACCGCCUGGGCCUGGAGCUGGGCAAGGUGGUGACUAAGAAAUUUAGCAACCAGGAGACAUGUGUGGAAAUUGGCGAAAGUGUGCGUGGAGAAGAUGUUUACAUUGUUCAGAGUGGCUGUGGUGAAAUCAACGACAAUCUCAUGGAACUUUUGAUCAUGAUUAAUGCCUGCAAGAUUGCUUCAGCCAGCCGAGUCACUGCAGUCAUCCCGUGCUUUCCUUACGCCUGGCAGGAUAAGAAGGAUAAGAGCCGAGCUCCGAUCUCAGCCAAACUUGUUGCAAAUAUGCUGUCUGUUGCAGGUGCCGACCACAUUAUCACCAUGGAUCUACAUGCAUCUCAGAUUCAGGGCUUUUUUGAUAUCCCAGUGGACAAUUUAUAUGCUGAACCAGCUGUCCUGAAGUGGAUUAGGGAGAACAUCUCUGAGUGGAGGAAUUGUACAAUUGUCUCGCCUGAUGCUGGUGGAGCCAAGAGAGUUACCUCCAUCGCAGAUCGGUUGAACGUCGACUUCGCUUUGAUUCACAAGGAGCGGAAGAAGGCCAAUGAAGUGGACCGCAUGGUGCUGGUGGGAGAUGUCAAGGACAGGGUGGCGAUCCUUGUGGAUGACAUGGCUGACACUUGUGGCACGAUCUGCCACGCAGCUGACAAGCUUCUCUCCGCCGGCGCUACCAGAGUUUAUGCAAUCUUGACUCAUGGAAUCUUUUCUGGCCCAGCUAUUCCUCGCAUCAACAAUGCAUGCUUUGAAGCAGUAGUAGUCACCAAUACUAUACCUCAGGAGGACAAGAUGAAGCACUGCUCCAAGAUACAGGUGAUUGACAUCUCCAUGAUCCUCGCAGAAGCCAUCAGGAGAACUCACAACGGGGAAUCUGUUACCUAUCUGUUCAGUCAUGUCCCUUUAUAACAGGGUAUCUUCUAAGCUUUUUAUAUGUGAAAUCUACGCACCCCCGUUUUCUGUUGGCAUUCCAACACAAAUUUGGAAGACCCAGCUAGCUCCAGUGCAUCUUUCUACAUCCCUCAUUAGGUAUAUUAGCAUUUAUCCUAAAUUAGGAAAAGCCAGACUGCUGGGAUUUCCUACCUGCAUUUGCCUCAUUCUGCCUUGAUUUUGUGAGCCUUGCAGCUUUAACCAUAACUCAGUUGCAGCAGUGUUUCAGACUUUUGAGGUUGUUGUUUAAAACCCUUUGAAUGUGAUUAUGGAAGCUCAGACUCCUUUGCAUGUGAAUACUUUAGGGUUCUUUGUUCAGAGCAGCCAGCUGCAGAGCAAGCCCAAGUGUGACAAGUUCUCUUAAGUUCUCUCCUACAUUACCAAAAGCUUUGGGGAGCCCCUAAUUUACUGCCAAUAAUGCAGAAGUAAGGGGCUCAGCACAAGCAGCUAUUGGGUUGUUUGUGAAGGUAGAGAGGGGAAUACCCACUACAGCAAAUGUUUCUUGGGAGGAAGAAGCCCAACGCAUCACCUGCUUGCCUGUAUAACUUGAAUUCUCCUUGCCUGUUCUUUUCUAUUUGGCUUUACCCUCAGCCAUUUCGACCUUUUCCUGGCCAAAUAUCCCCUCAUGCCCAAAUGACUUGCUUCCUGUUUCAUCAUUGUUAACAUUUACAUUAGAUAAUUUGCUGUAGCCUAGUCUUCCCUACCCUGGUGUCAUCGUAGUAGAUUUUAGGUGAUAUCAUGUGCCUUUUGGUUCAUUUAUUUAAUUUUUAUCCUCCUUCAGAUAAAUUUGACUUCUCAUGAUUUGAGAUUUAUGAUAAAAAGAUUGAUGUUAUUGUCUCUUGUGGUGGAAAUUAAUAAAGAAUGUGUGUGAAAAUAAGUAAAUAAAUAAAAUUCUAAAGGAAGCCAGGCAUG